GCAUAUCAUUCAGCAUCAACCUGGGGCAGAAACAGCUGUACAAAGAAAUUCCCUACACAGAGUAUCCCUGUAACCUAAGGAGAGGUUUGGAGUCCAUGGUGAACGUGCCUGGAAAUUAAUACAUUAUAGCAGCACAAAGUCCCUGCAGGUGCAGCCAGGAACACAUCUUUUCCACCCAGAAGUUUGAACACUGAGGUGUAGACUUCCAAGAAUGGGAUGUGGCCUAAUGAAGCUUUUGCAGGAAAGCCUUUGCCCGAUCAUGCUGAUGUGGCCAGCUGUGGCAGCCCCUUCCAGAUAGCGCCUGAGGGGACUUCAUGGAGGGACCUAGCUCCCUGUCCAAAGAUCCAUCUCCAAGACAACACAGUUUCUUACCAACAGUCCAGCCUAAGCCUUCCCUUGCCAACUUGCAGCCCAGAGAACAGUCCUCUGAACAAUCUUGCAUCCCAAGCAUUGGCCACCAACUCUUUGGUUUCAGAAAAGGUUUCUGUGCCCCCUACCAAAAGACACUGUCGUUCCCUCUCAGUGCCCGAAGACCUUUCCCGCUGGCAAGCUGUUUGGAGACCCCUGGGCUCCAAAGUGUGGACACAUAUCAAACGCCGGGAGACCAGUGGCGUGGACACUUUAGCAGUACAAUCCCAGAACCUGGUUCAGGAAGCCAACAGACUUUGCUUCAAUCCAGUCCCCAGUGCCUCUUAUCAGUGUGUUCAAGAUGGUGCUGUUGGUGGCAGGAGUCCACCAUUUUUCAGUCUGGCUCUGUCUCGAGAAUCGCCAGCAAGUGUACCGUGGGAGACCGGAGAGACUUUGCAGCCCUACCCUCUGCAACGCCGUUUCUCUCUGUCGCCUGUCAGAUUCUUGCCAUCCCCCCAGAGCUCCACCACUUCCACACCAGAGCUACUUCGGCACCAGCACAGCCUCCCUCGCAGCCGCUCACAGCCUUGUGACUUGGACACCAGGAAAUGCGGUCUCAAGCGGCGCCAUGAAGAUGAUGUGAGGUGGCAUAGACCCUCACUUGAUUUCUACAAGAUGAAUCAGAAACCAUUUGCAGGGGAAGUCUGUCAGUUAGACAAAUCUGAGGAAGGUGGCUAUCCAUCAUGGCUCUUGACUUGUAGCCCACAGUCACCCUCAGCUCCUUGCAGUCCCAUUAAUAAUUGUAUCCAGGUGCUCAGUGAAAGUGAAGAGGAGGAGGAUGAAGAAGAAGCAGCAGCAGUACAAGCAGCAAGACAAAUAAAUUGGAAUUUAGCAAGCAAAAGGACACUCUUCCAACCAGACUUUAGUGAUCUGGAUCUAACUUUGAUUGAAGAGAACUAGCAUUUGGAUGUCUCCUUGAAAAACUGACUUUGGAGUCAGCAGCAAAGGGAGGCUGCACUCCUGGAUGAGGGUUGGGGGAGCAGGGUUGGGGGUAGAAGGGAAAAUGGCGGUAGGAUAACGGGGUUUUGUCUGCUUGUUUCUUUUGUAU